AUGAGGCUCAAGUGGAGACUAGAAACACUAAAGCUUUCAAGGUUAGAUGCAUGUGUCAGAAAGUGUUACGCUAUCGCCAAUGCAGUAACCAGAGUAUUGGCGAUGCAGCCCGAGCCGCGCCAAGGACCGCAAGGCGAACAAGGCCCAGAGGGACCCCCUGGCGAAGGGCCUGGAACCGGCAGUCGAUGGAAGACUGAGGAGAUUGGAUACUUCACACCAGACCCUAGUGCGACUGAGCAUAUCAAAACGAUUCGCGAAAUCACCUACUUUUUGAAUUUGCACGCCUUCCUCGCGGUGUUACGCGCUCAAGAGCCACUUAAAGGAGAAGCAGUGAUCUGGGCUAAUAUCGUAGGGUGCCUCUGUGACGAAGCUUUUGGUUGGUGGUGCGGAGAGUUAUCGGAUGAAGAACGUCAGGACCUCAACGAGCUUCCACUUGAACGAGGGUGGUAUCUUCGUCUAGAACGACGCUUCAAGACUCGACCUGCUGUCACGCAGGCAAAGCCUGCUUUUAUUGGAAGUGAUAUAUAA